GGAGGAUAGGUAUGUGGAAAUCUAUGAUCAGCAGUCCCAGAGCCUCAACGUUAGUCUCCGCUAUCAGACUACGUUCCCUCCAACGGACCCUCUCAGUAGUAGCUAGUGAAGAAGUGGAGACUCAAAUUGUGGCAAAUGAGGCAGUGGAGAUAACAGAAGUGGAGUCUGAGAUUGCAGAGGACACCAUGUCACGUGUCAAGAUGGGCAUUCCUUUUUGGGUUACUAAAACAUUGAUUGGGGUGGGGGGUGCGAAUAUAAAGCAGAUGAGUAGCGAGUUUAAUUCCCUUAUCAAGGUCUCAAAAUAUGGAAAUAACUUCCCCGGUACCAGUGAGGCAGUGGUUUUGAUUGAAGGUGAGCGAGAUGACGUUAUUGCAGCUGUCAACAAGACUGUUGAUUUUGUCCGCUCCACAGAAAUUCCAGAGGGGAUAAAAGAUCGAGAAAGAGCUGAAAGGAGGCAAAAAUAUUCUCGUUUGAUAAUCCCUUCGUCUUUGUCUGGUAAAUUCAUCGGGAAAGGAGGAGCAGUAGCAACGAAAAUACGGGAACAAUUUGAGCUAGAAACCUUCAGUGUUCAAGGUAGGGAAUAUAUUCCAGAAGGGUUUGAAGAGAGGUCAAUAAUUAUUUCAGGGGAGGAAGAAAACGUCAAAGAGGCCAUGGCCCAUGUGAUGGAGGAGUUGCGAUCUCAAUCUGGACGCGCUCAGUUAGAUGAAAACUUAAACUAUUAGCGAUAUAAUCCUAAUUCAUAGACCGAGUUGAGAUUUUAAUGUUGAACUGUUCCUGUUUCCAUGCAAUUUCUCAGCAGUUUCGGACAUCACGAGAACAAAAAUACUUUCCUGUACUCUCUCGUUCAGCUGAAUUUGAUUUGAACUUAAUUUUUAGUUGAAACGGAAUGUAUCACAGUGAUUUCUGGGAGUUAUGAUCGGAAUCUGUAUAAAUAGCUCGUGUAAUUUCAUUUGGGAUAUUGUGGUAUUCAAAGUUUGGUGUGUCCUGCUCAAUCAGAAUGGAUAUUAUCAGCUGUACAAUGACCCUUAAAAAUGAAGCUUUAAAAAUGAACCUUAUUAAGGUUCAUCAUGAUCUGUCAUCUGCUAUAAUUUAUUAAUUUAUUAAUUCAUUUUUCAUAGCAACAUGUUUUUUACUACGGUUUUAUACUUCAUAAUUAUCUGCUAAAUUUACAGAACUUUCUCUUAAAUUAAAAAAACUAUGUGGGUUCAAAUUUAACUAAUUGUUUAAUCAUUAACUUCUUUUGAAAAAUGGUUAAUUAUGCUGAUGGUCUGGGCUGGACAGCAUAUUUUGAACCACAACUAAAUUGUUUUUUUCAGUUUAAAGACAUCCUUGAAUAAUGUUUGCUACGAACAAUUAAUGUUAUAUUAUGUUAAUUUCUAUAUAUUACUAAAGUUAACAAUUCAGGAAAUGCGGUUCCAGAAUGGCAUCAAUAGAGGACGAUAUAGUGAUCUCGUGUAUCCGGACAGUGGUGGUAAAAACAUGCAGUACUGCUGCUACACUGACAAAGUUCACAGGUGAACGUCUACUUGACCUGGUUGGACUCGUGUUUAAUCUAGCUGCUAUUUGCACCAUCGUCAGGGCUUACCCCACUGUAAAGUUGAUCUGGCGGUAUAGAGAUGAUAAAGCGUGGAGGUUCUGGGUGUGGCGGGGUGGGGGGUUACUGCAACUUGCUAUCUUUAUCUCUGACAUUCCUUUUGCUGUCAUGUUCAUCCUUGAAACUGUUUUCUUCUGGAGAUUAGCACUUCUGAUACGCAAGAAAAUAAAGAAGGAUAGGAGUUGGUUUGAAAAGUAUUGCUGGAAAGAUUUUGGUUACAUCGGAUUCCAAAUUCGUGCUGAUAUUUUCAAAUCCUUUUUAGGCUUGACAACUGACAUUCUUGUCAUACCAUUCGCAAUAACUGUGUUCUCGUCGUGGCGAUUUAAGCGUGCAUACGAUAAGUUAAAAAGUGAGGAUAGGGAUCUAAAACGUAAACUGAUACUCCUGCAACAGUUUCUCUUGUUACUGCUCGACAUUGCAGUCUUGAUCAUGUUUCUUAUCCAGUGCCUGACAUGGAGAUUACCUGUUAUGAUCUUACACUGUAAAAAGAUAGGCGAAGAAUACAGUGCAACGUCCGAUGCAACGACUAUAGAUGAGUUUGACAAGAUCGACUGGGACUUUCGGCGACGGACAUUCCAUAAUUUUUUGCGUCUCAUCCUGGAUAUUUUAAUGCUACCACUGGUCUUACUUCUCUUCUUUUCUUGGAGAGCUCCAAUUCUUAUUAAGAAAUUUAAGAAGUUUGCAGAAAAAUUGUCCGAUAAAAGCAGCUCGAUGUCGAGAUGGGAUGCCGAAUCGCAGCUCAGAGGUGGAAUACUAACACAUUUCUGGAGGUACUGUAUUGAUCUGGCAACACUGGUCCCCAUUCUUGUGGUGCUGUGCUCUUGGAGGUUUCCAAUUCUAAUCCUGAAGUUUCAGCGGUUCUUCAAGACAAAGAUGAAGCGGCAAGAUGAACUCAAACUUAGAUAUUCCAUUUUCUUUCAUGCUGGACAGGUUUUGAUUGAUCUUUUAUCCAUUCCACCAAUGCUUAUCACGAUAUUUUCAUGGAGGUUAGUUGUCUUCGUUCAAAUCUUCCCAUUAGAUUCGAAUAAGACAGUAGCCCGAAAGUUCAAAAAAGUGAGAUUGCAAUUUUGGUGGGAAUUCCUGUAUUUUUUGUUGGACUUACCCGUUAUCGUGGCCUUUUGUGGCACAACUUGUCUUAGUUGGUGCUUCCCUUGGAGACUCCUUAAAAUAUUCAAAGAAUUUAAAGAAUUCGGGGCAACAUGGAAGUGGAAAACUACAGUACCAGAAGGACAUGCGAAUGAUAAUUCUAGCCUCGUUUGGUUUUACUCUUUGCGAUCUUUUUACCGCCAUAUUUUGUGUAAUAACAGUCGUAACAGGAUGGAGACUUCCUUUCCUCAUACAGUAAAUAUGAGGAUCCUAAUAAGAAAAGUGAUGAUGAUGAUGAUGAUGACGAUGCAGAAGAUGAUGAAGGUGAAGGCUUGGAAGCCAAAUAUACUGGUGAAACAUCUGAUGGUACCACAGGAACGAAGCAGCCAUGAGGGCAGUGAUGCCAUUAAAUCUCAAGAGGUUACGCAGGAAACCAUCGAGUUGGGACAAGUAACGGAGUCCACUGCUAUUGGAAUGACUGAGGCUGAUAGUGCAGCGAAACCUGAGGAUAGCUCAAAUAUAGUGGAUAAAAAGGAUGAAGACCCAGUACCAAGCAAUCCAUCAUUCUCUGACAAAUUCUUCGGAGUCAGAGGCUGGAAAAUCCGCAAAGCAAUCUGCCUGAACAUAUUUGGUCUGCUGCUUGACAUACCAUCGUUUAUAAUGCUCAUAAUUAACUGUGCUUUUAUGUACCAAAUACCCUUCCUUCUACAAAGGUUUUUGGAGUGUGGUGAUUUCUAUCAAGAGUUUUUCUUCAUCAUGGUGGAUGAAACCAAUCAUCUGCUCCAAGACAUUGCCUUUUUCCUCCUGUUCCUUGUUCUCACAAUCGUUCGUCCUAUUUCCGUUUGGAUCAACAUUUUCGAAGACAACGAUCACCUAAAAGCAAAGAAAUCAAAAGAGUACCUAAAGAAACUUCGUCACAUCAUCAAGCAAAGAAAGAACAUGCAGCUACGCAUAGACUCUGCUUUGUCUGUUUUUGUGAAGUACAAUCAGCUUUAUGCUGCAAGUCCAGACUCUGUCACAAAGAGGUUCAUUGACGAAGUGAUGGUAUACAAUGACGAGAUAAAGGACUCAAGAGACAAGAUGCUUGACAGAGAACUAGAUGAUAAGCUUAUCUACAUUCUCGCCAACAUUUACUUUUAUGAGAGUAAAAAGCCAUACUUAUUCACACGACGAUUUAAACUUGAAGAGAUGUACUGCCUAAGACCUUGUGUAGCAGCAAGGGAAUCAAAUCUAAAGAUGUGGACUGAGGAGAUUAAGCUUGUUAAUGAUAAACUGGAAAUAUUUUAUGAGCAAAUUGUAUCCUUUAAAAUCAAGACGCCUCCUCUGUGGGGUGACAAAAACGGCUUCUUUUUGAGAACCAGAAAGCAAAACCAAAAAGUCAUCAUCCACACAAUAACAUCCGGCUACUUCGGGACUGUUGCCCUGUUUGUUCUGAACUCCAUUUUCAUAUACAGGAUCCCAAUAAUGAUAAGGAACAUGCUGAAGGUGUCCUACUGUCGAUUCAGAGUCCGUGAUGCUUGCCUGGAACAGACGAAGCAGUAUCUCCUAGACUGGCUCGCAAUGUUUAAAGUUCUAAUCGUUGUUUUGUCAUUAUACCGCUGUCUUGCUCUUCUGAGUGACCUUGCUCACGAUAUUCUGAGCAAGAGAAGCCUCUCUGCUGCAAGAAAAACUGCUGAUAAAUACCCAGUAAAUAUACUGAAGGACCUGUUUAAACUGCUAAAACUGUUUUUCAAAUGGGACACGGUCGUGUUCCUUUUUGCAUCGAUACUGUUUAUCAUCCUCAUUCCACUCUCUGUUAUCAUCAAUACCAUUCGAGCAGCCAAUGUAAUACAGAGUAUCGGAAUAGUGUUCAUUCUGUCUUUACCCUAUUUACGGUGUAAUCAUGGCUGGACCGUUUGUUAUCGUCCACAAAGUUCUGAUAUCGUGCUGAGCAAUGAAGGGAUCAGCAAUAACCACAUCGCUAUCUACAUAGCAGGUUACCUUGGUAUCGUGUCCCUCAUUUUGGCAGCAUUUGUGAUGGCAAAGACCAAAGAGAAAGACGCCGUUAGCAGAAAGGUUAAGAGUAUUGACUACAUACGGUUCAAUUGGUUCAACGCACAAGUUGUUUUCCUUGAAGUUCUAGAGCUUGUUCAGCUCCUUGCACUUGUCUUCUCCAUUCGGAAUCUCAUCAUGCCUUAUGCUGAAGACAUAAGAACAGUUGCACAAUACAUUCUACUUGAUAUCUACAGCUACAAGCUAAGAUUCGGCUUCUCAGUUGCUUUGUUCAUUAUCUGGCUUGUUGUUUGCACUGUUCCUACUCUCCUGGAAGGAGUAACAAAGAAAUUCAGCAAAGGACACUUCAGUGAAAGACAUUUUGUGUGGCGCUCUUUUUUGAGCUUCUUUGGAAUAACUCUGUUUGUCAGCCUACCCGAGAUGAACAUAUCCCUUCUGGCAUGUGAUUACACUGAGUGCUCAAAUUCCAUUGUUUGUCCCUCACUUUUUGAUGAUCCCGAUAUAGCAUGUUGGUCCGGAAUACACCUCAUCAUAGCACCAAUCAGCUUCUUUAUGAUGGUAUGGUAUCUGUUGACUUCACUGCUGUACUGUUUGCAGUACACUGAUGUCGGCAACAAAAAGGUUGACUUGCAAUUCUCUCCACCUUUCUCUGCGCUGGUCAAUCUGUUCAAACUGGCCUUGAUUAUCGGUGUUGGCCUGUUCAGCGAGGAGAAGGUUGCAGUUCUUGGAUUUGUAGUCGCUCUGAUGGUUCUUCUCAUUAUUGCCUCGUUACUGUUUCCUCUUGUCACUGGAAUGGAAGUCUGCAACACAAAAGCACUUCUCAUUUGGAGAAUCGAAACGUUUGUUGUUGUUGUUCUCGUUGCUUUGGGGAUAUUGGCUUUUGAAGUUAUUGAGAUGACAGAAUCCUUUAAAUCGUGGUCAGACGGAAAGUUCAUAUUUAACGAGACAACAAAAUUUAUUGAUUUCGUCAUUCCUCUGACAGUUCUGAUAUUGAUUGUUAUCAGUGUGAUUAUUUCUCUGAUUCUCACCAAAAUAUUCAAAACAACUUCUAAAGAAGAGAAAGCAAGAUCCCAAUUUAAAGAUAUCAUCAAAAAGAUCGUGAAGCCUAAGAUAUCAGAGCACGAACCUGACUUCAUCCCUCAUUGGAGGAAAGUUCACAAGCCCUUCAUGAGAAUGCUCCAGGCUGUAAGAGUCGCCGAUAAAAACGACAAAGACUUCACGUCUCCUGAGGCGGAGUACGUGCAGGUUGAUGGGGUUCCUCCACCAAGUUAUGACCCAGACAUGAUGUAUCUCCCUCCCCCACCAUCUUAUGAUAAUGUUGUUGACAGCCCUGAACAUGCCGUGAACUCUGUUUCUGGCCUUGAAGUUGAAAUUGGUAUCCCCAAACCGGGAGACGACGAGUUCUUCCUUCCUACUCCUGCAAUGUAUCUCAAUCCUAUUGGAUCGUAUGAGAAAUAUGAUGCAACCUGCCUUCUCGACUCCAUUACAACUAGAGAUCCUAAUCCAGGUGGUAUUUUCAAAGCAGGUUGGGUACUGAAUGAGACAGUUCCAGGAGGGAAAGAGAAGCAACUAACUGAUUCACACUGCACCGGGAUUGACUUGCUACUCCUACUAGAAGAACACAUAUAUUACACCGCUUGCAGCUACGAUUUUAUUGUCUGCUUGCAAGGGUGGCGGGACGAGGUGAAGGAAUCUAACUGGAUUGGAUUACGAGAUUGUGCUCUGAAACUGCGUGACAAUCUCACGGCCUCCUAUCACAAACCCCGGGAUAUUGUCAAAGCUGAGGAAUAUGACAUUCUCCCCCCUCACGUGGACCACUCUCAUAUUCCUGAGUAUGUGGCUCUGUCUGAUAUCACGGCCCUGAAACUGGACCUACAUCGUAGAGGAGUGGAGAAGCUAAUGUCUAUCUUGCCUGAACCUUGGGUUACAGUCUUCCGACGAAUCAUUCCCUCCUCCGACUCCGACACUCCACUCAUCUAUAAAGUAAGCUCGGGAAGGGAAGACAGCAGUAACAUGUGGGAUAUAAAGGUGGAAAUGUUCCAGGAGGUGGAGAUUGUUAUAAAGGGGAUUGAAGGUGAGGGGUUCAAAGCUGCAGUGGGAGCAAGCAUCGUGUUGACUAACCCUAUUGUCAUUUCGAGGAUCCGGAAGUGGAACAAACGGAUUAACUUUGGGAAACCUUACCCGUACGGCAAGAAAGGAAUGUUGUCCCACAGUAUCACUUCGUGUGGGUGCAAGAGGAAGAACGGGGAGUUCAGUCUGGUUGCUGCAGGGAAAAGUGUGAAACUACACAAAGUGCUGUCCAGUCUGGCUGACUUGGAGUGGAGAUUCAGAGAUUAAACUGGAUGUUUUACUGUACUAUUAAAAACAAUGUAACAACUUUAAUAUUUGAUUCUUUGUAUUGCUGUUGUUUUGUUUCUUUUCCAUAAUGUAAUAUUGUAUCCUUGAUGAUUGCCAGGAUGAUGUUAGUUUUAGAUUUUUCAUUUAAGUUUUGAAUUGUUGCUGUGUUAUUCAGAUUAGAAUCAUAAUAUUAUAUAAUAUAGAAAUUUUGAUUUAAAUCAUAAUACACUUUUAUCCUUUUAUCAUAUGAAUAUCUUUUGUGAUUUGUUGGCAGUUUUAGUUUUAGUAUUAAGUAUUUGCUCCUUUUUCAACUUUGAUAUUAACCGGUUUUGUGUUUUCAAAAUGGAACUUAAUGUGUUUGUUCUGUUUUUGAUAUACAUAAUAACUAUACAGUUGACAUUGACGCUGUAUCACCUGACAUAAAAUAGUACAAACACGUUGGGUUAAGUUUGCAUAGCAACCUUACAGCAACAACCACGUUUUCAUUUAACUUAAUAAACGCAUGUUUUUCUACUUUUUAACUUUUAAGAAUAAUGUUUCACAGGUUUUAUGAACUGGUAAUAAAUUAAAUAUUAUAGUGCCAUGUUUUGAAAUUAUCAGUCAUACCAAUUUUUAUAGAUUGCUGCUUCAGUAAUUGCUGAAUUUUGUAAUUACAUGUAUUUAGAUCCAUGUCUGUUUUGUACAAUUUGAAGAUAACGAAUGAUAAAGAAUGAAGUUUUGCUGUAUUAUAUUUGUGUUGUUCAAUAGGUU